UUCGAUAAAAUCGCUAUCGUUAUCGCAGCCACUGAUUCGCUGGGCGUUUCACAAUUUUUUUGGGAAACACAACAAAGCUCCACAAAGGACACCAUGCUCGUUCUGGUACUCGGCGACCUGCACAUCCCGCACCGGUGCAGCAGCCUGCCGGCCAAGUUCAAGAAGCUGCUGGUGCCAGGCCGCAUCCAUCACAUCCUGGCCACCGGAAACAUCUGCACCAAGGAGUCCUACGACUACCUAAAGUCCCUGGCCAAUGAUGUGCACAUAGUGCGCGGCGACUUCGACGAGAACCUGACGUAUCCGGAGCAGAAGGUGGUGACGGUGGGCCAGUUCCGGAUCGGGCUGUGCCACGGCCACCAGGUGGUUCCGCGGGGAGACCCGGAGGCACUGGCCCUCAUCCAGCGGCAACUGGACGUGGACAUCCUGAUCACGGGGCACACGUACAAGUUCGAGGCCUACGAGCACGGGAACAAGUUCUACAUCAAUCCGGGAUCGGCCACGGGCGCCUUCAAUCCACUGGACACCAAUGUAGUGCCCUCGUUCGUGCUGAUGGACAUCCAGAGCACCACGGUGGUCACGUACGUGUACCAACUGAUCGGCGACGAGGUCAAGGUGGAGCGCAUCGAGUACAAGAAGAUCUAGGGCCCUAGUAUUAGCCACCAGCCAUUCCCUACCAAACCCUGACCCCCUCAUUCUGAGCUCGGCUUCAUUAAAGAAAUUGUAAAUGUACGUAGCAAUAAAUCAAGUUCUCAUUUUUUUAUCUGAUAAAAAAUGCUAGCACCUUGUUUAAAUAGAGAAUAAAAGUACGAUCGGAUGAAAGUGAA